AUGUUGACACCCAAGUUUGAAGUAACUCAGGAUGAUGAAUUUGUGUUUGUGACUGUUAUAAUAUCCAGUAUACGUUUCAAUGCUGCCGGUCUUGAAAUGGUAGUGAACGACAAUGUGUUCGUUUUUCACUUGUCUCCCUACUAUCUGAGGUUAAGAUUCCCAUAUAACAUUGUUGAUGAUGAAAGAUCGACCGCAAAGUAUCAAGCAGGCAAUGAAACCAUCAAAAUUCAACUACCGAAGGAGGAGAAGGGUAAGUUCUUCGAAGAUUUAGAUGUGCCCACGAAAUUGCUGGCACGCCAAGGCGAUUUGAUUGGUGCUGAUACAAUUGACGAGAACAAAAAAGAGGCCACUGGGCCACUUAUUCAGGAAAUUGACGUUACACCUAAAACUUUGGAGGUUGAGAAUAUUCAAUCAGUGGGAGAAGCAUUCAAUUGGGAAAUCGAGCAGACGCCACAUGAUGUCGCAGAUGGUUUGUUAGCUAUAAAGUAUGGAUUUGAAAAUCAAUAUAAUAGUAUAAUACAAGUAUCAGUAUCAAAUGGGAACGACAUUAAUGAAUUAAAUGAUCCGGAACAUACCUCAGCCAACGAUCGCGUUGAAGAGCGACUACAGAAAGAAAACUUGAAGUUUGAUCCUGAAUACUACGUCUCUGAAUAUAUGAUUUUUAAACACGAAUCACCAGAAGAUCUAGAAAUCAAUGGAAUACAGGAGAUAUUAAAAUACACACCACCUGUGGUUAAGGAGUACUUAAAAUGGUAUAAAAAGAGUAAUGAAGAUGAUAAAGCUAUGCCAGUUGAAUUUACAGAAAAGGAGCAAAAUCAAAUGCAUGAAAAUAUACCGCGUAAAGAAUAUUUAGUUAGUGAUGCCAAAAGAUUGUACAUUACUAUUUUGAGCUUACUUUUUGCACACGUUUUCACUCUCUUAGAAACUGAGGGUACCCAAAAUCCAGAGAUACCGUGGACGAUCGGAAAGCUAACACCACAAAUAUCAUCUUUGGAUCAACAACUUUUAACUGACGAUGCAAUCAAAUAUCAUUCAAUAAUAAAAGCUGCCAUUGUGACAGGUAUUAGAAGAUCAUUAAGUUAUCCACUUCAUAGGAACUAUGAGUUGUCUUUGAAGGCAUGGACUUUUGUAUACUACCUUCUUCGUGGUGGUAAAAGGUUGGUCAUUAAGUGUUUGCUGAAUAUUCAUGAAGUGUUUAGGUAUCAUGACGUCUAUUACGUCUAUAAUAAAAUGUUAUUGGAUGACCUAUGCUCGUGGUUCAUAUCGCAGGGAAAUGAAACCGUCAUUAAAAGUCUCGCGAUAGAAACGAAGAAGGAGAUUGAUCUACUAACCAAAGAAGACAUCGGCUUUGAAUGCAUGUCAGAUUUCAAUCCUGAAACGGGGGAACCAAUUUGGGAAAACAUGACAAUAAAAGAAAUGGAAAUUUUGGCAGAAAUUCAAUACCAAGAGUCUCAGUUGGCGUCUGAUCAACAAUCGUGA